GAAAGAAAAAAAAAAAAAAAAACAGAAGAGAAAAUCGCAAAGUCCCCAGAUUUUUUUCCCAUCCAAACACCCCUUAUUCUUUUAGGGUUUUAUUAUUCCUGUCCUAUUUUGUUUGUAAAUAUUAUAAUUAUCCAAAGAAAUAUCUCUCCGAUUUCUCUCACUUUCCAGGGAAACAAACACAGCCUUUGUAAUCCCUUCGUUUAGCAAAGCUAUUAAAAAAUGAUAUCUGUUGUGAACAACGAUGCCAAAUUCGAUAAAAUAUCCGAUAAAAUCGAAGAGAAAGCUAGGGUUUCUAGCAAUGAUGCUAUUGAUAGCGCAAAUGAAGCGAAUAGAUUGAGCUUAGGAACCUCCAAUGAAGAAACUAGGGUUUCUGCGAUGGAGCUCGAUUCAAAAGAUGUUAGGGUUUCAGGGAAUGAGAGAUCUGAGGAGAUUGGGGAGAGUAAUGGUGAUAGUAUAGAUAAAGGAAGAGGUGGCGAAUCUACGGUUUUUGAUGUAAAUAAUCGGGUGGAUGAACAAAAUGAUAUGGUAAAUGAUGAUGAGCACGGUAGAGUAGAAAAUGUGGAGGAGUUGGAAAAGGAUACUGGUUCCGAGUAUAAGUCGUUGUUAUCUGAGUUUGACGAUUAUGUAGCCAAUGAUAGAAUUGGUGGAGGGACUUCGAGGGCGUUGAGUUAUGGGUUUGAAGUGGGUGAUAUGGUUUGGGGAAAGGUGAAAUCUCAUCCGUGGUGGCCGGGGCAUAUAUUUAAUGAAGCUUUUGCAUCUCCUUGUGUACGUCGCACAAGGAGGGAAGGACAUGUGUUGGUUGCUUUCUUUGGGGAUAGUAGUUAUGGAUGGUUCGACCCGGCUGAGCUUAUCCCUUUUGAUCAUCAUUUUGUGGAGAAAUCACAGCAGACAAAUUCAAGGACUUUUGUGAAGGCUGUGGAAGAGGCAAUGGAUGAGGCUAGUCGGAGGCUUGGUCUUGGUUUGACUUGUAAAUGUAGGAAUCCAUAUAAUUUGCGGCCCACAAACGUCCAAGGGUACUUUGCAGUUGAUGUGCCUGAUUAUGAACCCAAUGGGGUUUAUUCAGUGAAUCAGAUUAGGCAUGCAAGAAGUAGUUUUAAGCCCAGUGAGACCCUUUCAUUUGUGAAGCAAUUGGCAUCAGCACCUGGAGCUUAUGACCAGCAAAGCAUUGAGUUUUUUAAGAAUAAGGCUACCAUUUUUUCAUUUCGGAAGGCUGUGUUUGAGGAGUUUGAUGAGACAUAUGCACAGGCAUUUGGGGUGCAGCCAGCACGACCUUCUAAUGCUCCAGGUGGCAUACCCAAUCAGCCUGUUAAGAAGACGUCUCGAGCUCCUUUGAGUGGUCCAUUGGUGAUUGCUGAAGCUUUGGGUGGUGGAAAGAGUUCUAAAAAGCCCAUGAAAGUUAAGGACCAUUCAAAGAAAAACAGAUACCUAUUCAAGCGAAAAGAUGAAGCAAGUGACUUGCAAGCCCCCUGUCAAAUUAGCCAAGUGCUAUCUAGUUCAUCAAUGCAAUCAUCUUACAUGGAGGGAUCACCAAUAUUUUUAGCUGGAGAUUAUGUGUUGCAGAAUAGGGCUCCUGUGUCUCAGAUUCCCUUAAAACGAGAGCAUACUGUCUUUAUGAGCAAGGAUGGUGCAAGUUCCUGUGGAGAUUUAUCUGCCAGUGAAGUUGUACAUGUAAACCAGACUUCAGCCUACAAUGUUGCUGUAGAUGGAAAGCCAUCUUUGAAUAAAAUUGAUGGUGCAUCAGCAUCUUUUCAGUGGGAAGGUGAUGCUAUGUUUGACCUUAAACCUGAGGAGGGUGAAAAAGUGUCCAGAUCGUACAAAGGAGUUUGGAAACCUGAUCUGGGUUCUGUUGCAAAACUGGAAGGAGGUCAGGGAUUAGAUCAAGUUCGAGAUGGUAGCAUUGGUGGGCAUGCUGUCCCGGUUGAUAAAAAGCGCUCUAGUGAUAUGAGUGCUGAGAGUGAGGUGAAGAAAGCAAAAAAACUCCCUUCAGUGGAUAUAGGUGCUGAGAACUCUGCUUUAAGGGAGAAAAAGAAGAAAAAGAAGAAGAAAGAGGUUGGCUCAGAAUCAAACUCUGAUAAACCAAAGAAGCCGUUUGUCCUUGAAAAUGAUGGGGCCAAAUCUGCCCAAAUUGGUUCGGGUCCUAGAGAAGAGUCUCAAGUGAACCAUCAGAAGAAAGAUGUUGGUCCUACACAUUCUUCUUUCAAUUCUGUUGGGGCUUCCACGAGAUUUGAUAUGGGAAAUCCUGGGCUUCAACUUGCACAUUUACUGAGUGAUUUGCAUGCCCUGGCACUUGAUCCUUUUCAUGGUGUGGAAAGGAAUAGCCCAACGGUUAUUCGGCAAUUCUUUUUGCGAUUCCGAUCACUUGUUUACCAGAAAAGCUUGGUUCUGUUGCCACCAUGUGAGAAGGAGCCUGUUGAAGUUUGUGCCAGUAAACCUCCUUCGGUUGGAGCGGCUGACAACUUUCCUACUGAGAGUGUUAACUCCACUCCUUCAAAACCAGUGAGACCCCUUGUAAGACCUGAUGAUCCAACUAAAGCUGGACGAAAACAUCUCCCAUCGGAUCGUCAAGAAGAAAUUGCUGCAAAGAGGUUGAAAAAAAGUAGGCAGUUGACGUCAUUAGCUGUAGAGAAGAAGGGUAAUCUGAGGACUGUGGAAGCUCCAAAGGUUGACGGAAAAGAACAAACAACUAAAAGGCCCCCAGCAAGGCCAUUCAAUAAACCAGAUUCUGCGAGGAAGAUGGAGCCUCCAGCUAGGGCUAUUGAGCCUACAAUGCUGGUUAUGAAGUUCCCUCCUCAGGUAUCACUUCCGUCAGUUGCAGAACUGAAGGCUAGGUUUGGUCGUUUUGGGUCAUUAGAUCAGUCAGCUAUCCGUGUGUUUUGGAAGUCCUCAACAUGCCGUGUUGUGUUCAGACACAAGAUUGAUGCACAGGCAGCAUAUAGAUAUGCUAAUGGAACUAAUUCCCUAUUUGGCAAUGUGAAUGUGAGAUACCAUCUUCGAAGUGUGGAAGCUCCUACAGCUGAAGCAUUAGAUUCUGACAAGGCACGAGGAGAUGAUGCUGCUAGUGAAACCAUACAUGUUAAGGAUCCUGUAGUUGAAAGAUCAGCACCAGUGCCUGCACACCAGCAUCUUACACAACCAACAGUCCAGCUCAAGUCCUGUUUGAAGAUACCAACAACUGACGAGGCAGGGCAGGCAACUGGUGGUAAUGGAAGUAGAGGGACAGCCCGUGUAAAAUUCAUGUUGGGUGGGGAGGAAAGUAGUAGGGGAGAGCAAUUGAUGGCUGGUAAUAGAAACAACUUCAACAACAAUGCUAGUUUUGCUGACGGUGGUGCACCUUCUUCUGUUGCAAUGGAAUUUAAUAGUAAGAACUUUCAAAAGGUUAUUCCAAAAUCUUUGUCUCCCUCUCCUAUUCAUCCCCUUCCUCAAUUUGGUAAAGCCCCAGCAAAUAAUUUGCAUCCCACCGAAGUAGCUCCCAGUAAUACUCACAAUCUUAAUACAAGUACAACAACAAGCAUAGAUAUUUCACAGAAGAUGUUAAGCCUUCUGACAAGGUGCAAUGAUGUUGUAACCAACAUAACGGGCUUGUUGGGCUAUGUGCCUUACCAUCCACUUUGAUAAAAAAGGCCGCCACGAAAUUAUAAUGUUGAUCAAAUCAAAGAUUAGGGCUUACAUAGAAAAGGAGACCGUAUCAUUUAUCCAAAGCUACUGCAAAUGAUUGCACAAUUGCUCGUGGGAUUUUGCAGCAAAAGGAGCAGAGAGACGGUGAGGUCUUUGAAUUGGUUUGGGGAGGGUUGAUGUUAAGGAGAGUGCAAUUGAUAAACCCAUGUACUCUUUCUUAAAGGUGCUGCAUACUUAAAAACAGUUGUCUACUGGUUUUUGAUGAUCCUCUUUUUGUAGCUUCUUUUUUCUCUAGUCCAUUGACCUGGUGCGUGUGAGCCCGCUGUUUUUAUUAUCUGUAUCUUUCAUAUAUAUUAUCAUAAUUUUUGUCAGUGAUUUGGUCAGAACUGACCUCUUGCACACUCUUUUU